AUGGUGGAGGAUACUGUUCAUUUGUUAAACCAAGCAGCUGGUUAUGGAGUAUUAGUUGGUGUUGGUGCAGUAUUUGCAGGUGGCAUGAUAUUAACUACAUUUUUGUUACAAAAAUACCUCCACGAGAACGCAAAUAGUACCGAAACAUUUUCUGUUGCAAAUCGUUCAGUGGGCACUUUUCUUUCGGCAUCAGCAGUAUACUCAAGCUGGUCGUGGGCUACUGAGUUUUUAUUGGUGACACUGAUGACUUAUAACUAUGGUAUUCAAGCAGGGUUUUAUUUUGGUGCCGGAUUGGCAGUGCAAAUUGCUGUUAUGAGUGUUCUUGGGAUCCAUGCUAAAAAGAAAAUUCCUACAGCACAUACUUCAUUAGAAGCUGUUCAAUUACGAUACGGCAAUGCGGCACAUUUACUUUACUUGGUGUUAUCUUUGAUUUGUAAUAUUUGUUCUUGUCUGUCCAUGAUAUUAGCAUGUGCUGCAAACAUUUCUAUUAUUGCUGGCAAUCUUCAUAUUGUUGCAUCUACAAUGUUGAUUCCAUUUGGUGUUUUAUUGUAUACUGUGGUUGGUGGGUUGAAAGCAACUUUCCUUACAGAUUUUGUCCACACCACAGUAUUGCUCAUUGUUUUGUGUUAUAUAAAUACUGCUGUUUUGACAUCAGAACAGGUGGGUGGACUUAACGGAUUAUAUGAUAAGAUAGUCGAGGUGAGCACUACUAAAUACAUUGAAGGAAAUUAUAAUGGGGCAAUUCUCACAGGAAAGUCACAGGGGUCAGUGGUGUUUGGUUUAAUUUUAACUAUUUGUAAUUUUGGAUUGACGGUUAUGGACUCUUCAUUUUGGCAGAAAACAUUUUCAGCCAGUCCUAGAGCUACAGUUCCAGCUUAUCUUUUAACGGCAUUUUUAAUAUUUUCCAAUGUGUGGCCAAUUGGUGUUAUUAUUGGUGGAGCUCUGCAUUUUCUCGAGAGUGAUCCAUCAUUUCCAACCUAUCCUCGAAAGAUGGCCCAGGAAGAAAUUGAUUCUGGAUUUGUUUUGCCUUUUGUGUUGAAAGCAAUUUUGGGGAACGGAGGUUUAGGGGCAUUAUUAUUGAUUUUGUAUUUAGCAGUCACGUCAACUGUUUCCGCUCAAAUGGUUUCUGUGUCGUCGAUUGUUUCCUUUGAUAUUUACAAGAGAUACAUGAAUCCCAAUGCGCAAAACAAGUCCAUGAUUAAAGUUUCGCAUAUCACUUGUGUUGUGUUUGGAUUCGGUAUUGCUGGUUUUAGUGUUAUGUUACAUUAUGUGGGUGUACGCAUGACAUGGUUUGGGUAUUUCACGCCAAUGAUGAUCUGUCCUGGUAUUCUUCCAUUGAUAUUUACAGUUACUUGGAAUGGACAGACGUACUGGGCUGCUCUUAUUUCUCCUCUUGUUGGGUUUGUAGCCGGUUUGGUUGUCUGGGUUUCCACAGCGUAUCACUUUUAUGGCGAGAUCACAAUUGAAUCGACAGGUGGUCAAUUACCAGCAUUAUAUGGUUCCUUGACAAGUAUGAUGUUGCCAGGAAUAUUGAGUAUUACUAUAUCGCUAAUUAAACCUGAAGAGUUUGAUUGGGAUAAAUUGAAAACUGCUGAUUUGUUAAUUGAGGAAGAAGAAGGUAGUAGUCCGAAUAAUGGAACUAAGAAUAAGGAAGAUUAUUUGAACAAAGAGAAACAGGCUCAAGUUGACAUCUUUUUUGAAUCUGAUGAAGCGUCUAGCUUGGAGCAAUACCAACAAAAGUUGACUUCUCAAUUGACCGAUAAAGAGCUAGAUUUUUGGAUAAAGAUCGCAACUGGUGCUUCAAUAUUUGUUCUACUCAUUACUUGGGUAAUCUGGCCAAUGUCGUUAUAUCAAGACUGGAUAUUUACUGGUGCUUACUUUAAGGGUUAUGUGACUGUUGGAUUGAUUUGGUUAUAUACCACAUUAAUUGUGAUUGGAUUGGCCCCUUUUUAUACUGGAAGGCAUUCAGCUGCUAGAGUGUUUAGAGGUGUCUAUAAUGACUAUAUUAAAAGAACAUAG